ACACAGGCUAGGGAGGGUUCAGUGUUGCCGGGCCGUCAUCACUGUAGUAUCUAUUGGUGCUGCGUUGGGAACGCUAUGGCGACUUCGGCUUCUUUUUUGUUCUUCCCUUACGGUUUUUACUAUUGGAUUGGAGUGUUGGUCGUCGGCUACCAGUGUUGUAGUCUGCUUUUUAAGUUGGUGGUUGCCUUCCGGGUGUGGGUGCUGGACAACACGGCGAUUCUAGGCUCGUACGUGAACACCUGGGCAGUUAUCACAGGAGCUACAGAUGGAAUUGGAAAGGCUUAUGCAGAAGCGUUAGCAAGAAAAGGAAUGAAAAUAGUUCUUAUCAGCAGAUCGCAAGAAAAACUAGAUAAGACUGCCAGUGAAAUAGAGGACAAAUUCAAGGUGGAAACAAAAACAAUUGCUGUUGACUUUGAAAACCGAGAUACUAUUUACAGCAAAAUAAAAGCAGGCUUGGAAGGCCUUGACAUUGGUAUCUUAGUGAACAACGUGGGUGCUUCAUAUGAUUAUCCUGAAUAUUUCCUUGAGAUUCCAAAUUUAGAUAGACAAAUUGACAAGAUGAUAAAUGUUAAUAGCCUAUCUAUGUGCAAGAUGACACAAUUGGUGCUUCCUCGCAUGGUGGAAAGAUCCAAGGGAAUUAUAAUUAAUAUCACUUCUGCUGCUGCAAUAGCAAAAACUCCAUAUUUAACUCUUUAUUCAGCAGCCAAGGUUUUUGCAGAUUUCUUUUCUCAAGCACUCAGCCUGGAAUAUCAAAACAAAGGUGUCCUUGUGCAGACUGUUCAUCCAUAUCUUGUCAUAACAAAAAUGUCUAAACUUCGUAGAGCAAACAUUUAUAGACCCACUCCUGAACAAUAUGUAAAAUAUUCCCUCAACACUCUUGGUCAGGAAACGAUAACUUGUGGAUAUCCAUCUCAUGCUUUUUUGAAAUGGUUUGCGGAAAAAUUGCCUGAACGGUAUGUCCAAAAAGUCAUCACAGAUACAGCCUUAAAAUCAAGAGCUCACUAUUUAAAGAAACUAAAGGAAAACUAAGCUAAAUUGCUUUGACAAGACCUUCAGUAUUUUUAAAAUCUACUUUGAAGCAUCAAAUACUUUGUCAAUAUAUUUCUUGUAUGGUCUAUUCUGAAGCAAACCCGAGACUGGCAUAAAUAAAAUAUAGAUAUAUGAGAGGUGUAGAAAAAAAAAAUCAGUUAACAAUGUCUAGAGUAUAUAAUGCUCUGGGUCCAUUCUAUUAAAAUGUUUUGUGUUAUAUAAUUAUUAAACAAUAUUUUCAAUUAACAAAUUUACUAAAGUGCAUCAGUAGUGUUUCAGAUAAGUUCAUUUUGAGAAAAGUGAUUGAAAUUGAAAUAAAACAAUUUGGAAUUUGUAACAUCUGUAUCAAUAAUGGAGUCACAUUAUUUCUGUAUUUUAAACUAAAAAUCUGUUAUUUCCUCAAUUUUGAUAUUUCAAGAAAUAUCCCUUAUUGAAAUUGAGGUUUUAAAAAUUACAGGAUUGGCUGUAGGAUCUAUCUUUUUAAUGUCAAUGUCAAUUCAUUAUGUGAUAGUCAGCUUCAGGCAUCAUAAUACUGCUUUAUUCCUUACAAAGCUUAAGAAUUACAGUUAAAUAUAAUGCUGGCACAGACUUCAUAUGUUCACAAUGUUUUUUUUUUACUAAUGAUAAUACUUUAAAAUGGUAUUUAAAAAGAAAGAUUGCAACAGCAGACAGGAUUUUGAUUACCUGGAUGUUCUCUUAAUAUAAACAUAUCGGUAUAUGGGUUGGGACCUGGAAGUGCUUGUAAGAUUCCAUCUCUAUUAUAAGGUGGGGGGAGCUCUUGUAGUAUAGAAGGCUACAAUGCAAAGAAUAAUGAGAUUAAGAAGCAAGCAUGUAUAGACAACCUGUCCUCUUGCAUAAGAAUUCUUGCCUCCAAAAUUAAAAAGUCAUUUCAAAUGUUGGAAAUACAUUUAACAGGGAUUUGUUAUUCUUUCAUUGUAACUUAUGGAAAUAAAAAAAUUCCUGCUUAAGAUUUAUAGUUUUAUCUAUCUUUACAUGAAAAUUAAGAUUUGGGUUUUUAAUUUCUUAAAUCUUAUUAUUUGUACUUUUAGAACAAAUAAAAUGAAAAUGCUGUAACUUGU